UUAUAAUUCAUUGUUUCUGAUUUAAAACAGGAUCACCUUGCUUUCGAUCAACCGACGGCGCGAUGAAGGUCUCUAGAUUUUCCACUGUAUCUGCCUUCUUUGAAGGUUCGGCUUCACGAUAAAGCAUUAAAUAUCUCGAUCUCCGACGAUGCAACACGUCUUUGCUACAAAAUAUCAAGUUCCGAUCGUGAACGUGGCACCGGUCAGGGUGAUUUCAAAUUGUGGCUCAUCAUCGGUUUCGCGAUCCGAUGAGAACAAUGUGGAAGUGGUGGCAGCUAUAUUACAUCUUACAGAUAUUCGUGUUGGCAACAGGAAGAAAAUUCGCUCUCGGUACACCCUUUAAUACAAUGUUAUUUCGUGCCCUCCGAGAAUGGAGUUUCGAUGCUUUCGGUUGGACAGGAACGGAAGAAAAGUAUUUGCAAAUAGCUCGAAAAGCAAAUAAAAUGCAAAAAAUUGUUCCCGAUGAUGUUCCAUUCCCAUGCAAUGUGACAAGUGGCCGAUCGCCGAAAGUGCCAACGUCAGUGCACAAAUUAAGACCAGGUGAUAUCGAUGUCAUUGCCGCGAUGGGUGAUUCUCUUACAGCCGGAGCUGGCAUUUUUGCAAACAAUGUGUUUCAGAUCGCUGUAGAGAACAGAGGAGUUACCGCGGCCGGCGGAGGCCAAGGCACGUGGCGAGAAUAUUUAACUCUUCCCAACAUCCUCAAGGAAUUCAACCCCAAUCUGAUAGGCUAUGCAUUGGGAGACUCUUUAACGAUUCACAAAGCGGCACAGUUAAAUAUUGCAGAAAGCCUUGCCGUAUCCGCGGAUAUGCCGUAUAUGGCGGAAGUACUAGUCACAAAGAUUAAGAGAGAUCCGAGGAUAGAUUUGCAAAAACAUUGGAAGUUCGUCUCGCUAAUGAUUGGAAGCAAUGACUUUUGCAGUAAAAUAUGUUGGGUUUCAUCACCUUGGUCAACGCUUGAAACACACAAAACCGACCUACUUAAAGUUUUGCGGACACUAAGAGAUAAUUUACCGCGGACUUUUGUGGCAUUGAUUCUGCCACCCCAUUUAAAGGCCUUAGUCGAUACUCGUAAAGGAAGAUCAACAUUUACUUGUUUUGUUACAACGGACAUCGAAUGUUCUUGCUUGUUUGGUUCUUCAUUUCGGCGUUUUAAGCCUCUGUAUUACAACAUUAUGUCACAGUGGCAGAAGCUAGAUAUGGAAAUCGCUACUUAUCCAGAAUUUCAAAGAGAUGAUUUCGCAGUCGUAAGUGAGCCUAUCCUAGCAAAUGUAACUAUACCACUUGCUUCAGAUGGAUACGCCGACAUGACAUAUUUGAGCAGCGAUUGUUUUCACGUUACUCAAAAGACCAAUGCUCUAUAUGCUAACGGUUUAUGGAACAACUUGUUCGAGCCAGUGAGUGCCAAAACGAUGACUUGGGAAACUCUUUUCCACAAAUUUCACUGCCCAACGCCGGAGAGACCCUAUUUGACAACAAUGUUAAAUUCACAGUGUUCAUACUAAAACCUAACAAAGUGUUAAUACUAAAACUGUCAAUGCAAUUCGAACGAGAAAUAUUGGCACUUGAUAAAAAAAAAUAUUGCUACUGUUAUUAGGUCAUCACUUAUAGUUGCGAUUUGCGUUGCUGCGGUCUUUGAACGGAGUUAGAGUGCCAAUUAUUUAAGCGUAGAAAAAACAUUACUAUAUUUAUAUUACUAUAUUACUAUAUUUAUAUGAACUUUUAUGGAACAAAAAUAAAAUAUUGAUAGAUUA